GAAGAGGUUGUUGUGAUUCCACCUGUGGUCCGUCAAGGGUAUUUUAAAAUUCUUGUACAUGAAACAUUGUGCGUUCUGUGGGUCUCAUUCUUCCUUUUUCCAUGCCAAGCUAAACUAGCCUGAAAUGGCUGCUGUGGCUCUCCAUUUUCUGAACAUUUCUCAUAAAUUCCACUUAGCCGUUACCCGUUCUAAUACCUCUGACGUGGACCUGUCCUACAUUACCCGACUAAAGUGUACUUUGGAAACCUGGAGAUAAACUUUGACUUUGGCUGCCAUUACACAACUGAUAAGCACUCGGCGACGAGAGAUUUCCGACACCGACUUUGACUCAGGAAAUUAGCUCUGCCAAACGUCCACCUUUCUGGUAACAGAUGUAUGGAGCGAAGUAGUUAGAGCUUAACUCCUCCCCAACCCAAUUGAAGCAUUUAAUACAGGGAACCAGAGACGGCACAGCAAGCCCGGGUAAGAGCGUCUCCCACGAGCUUCAACUGCAAAACAGCAUGAGGACGCUACAGGAAAAAAUCAUCCUCCUCUCUGUUAUUCUAUCCCUCAUAUGUCUCACUCAGGUCAACACGCUACCUGUUCCGGACGACUGGAACGGUCUGAUCCAGAGGACAAAGCGAUCGCUGCUGUGGCGCUGGAACAGUCUGAAACCUGUGGGAGCUAGCUGCAGAGAUCCCUCAGAGUGUGGCACAAAACACUGCAGGAAAAACAUAUGUUCCUUCUGACACUCCGUCUGACAAAAGACCCACAAACACAACUGUGAAAUAAAUGGACCCCCCACUGUGUGAAAUUUGAUGGAAAAGAUUGUUUUUUUUUUAAGACCCUUUAUGCUCGCCUGGAGUCUGGUCUUCCACGUGUCAGCCUCUUCACUGGGCCGGUUGUGUAAUCUGAAUGUGUGUUUGAUAAGAAAAUACAAACGUUCACCCACAGUUUGUGAGCCCUGAGUUUAUUGCCACAUGUUGUUAUUCGGAUGUAUUUAUCUGUAUAUUUUGUAAACGUUGUACAUAUGAUAAUACACUAUGUUUUUCAAGA